CAAGCGAUGGAACCGUGAGAUUCUGGACGCAGCACCCGGAAAAGAAGUGCGAAUAUGUCCUCUCGAAAACCCUUGCAGGACAUUUUAGUUUUGUUGGUGCAAUGGUUUGGGCCCCUCCUUCUGAUCGCUUUCCGGAAGGAGCAAUUGUUUCUGGUGGCAUGGAUACACUAGUAUUGCUGUGGAAUUUGCAUACAGGAGAAGUUGUUGGAACAAUGAAGGGUCACACCUCACAGGUGACUGGUCUUGCUAUCGAUGACAACGGUGACAUUAUAUCUUCAUCGAUGGACUGACAAUUUGUUCAUGGGGUAGUUGUUUGGCAGAUGUGGUGAUGUAACAUGAAUGUAAUAUACUCCCUCUGUCCCAAAGUAAGUUACUCAACUUUGUACUAACUUUGUACUAAUAUGCAUAAAUUCAGUACCUUCUUUGAUAAUUUAUAUUUCUUAUAUUUUUUUUGUACAAAUGCACAUAUUGUACUUCUGUUUCUUUCUACACUCUGAGUCCCCUGUUAGAAAAGGUUUCCAAUGCUACUUGUGUUUAAGGCUGCGGCGUAUUUGGUGUUUUGGGCAUGUGAUGACAUAUUGGGCUAAUAAAUUAUGAAGUUUCCCCAUUGUAUCUGAUGGUUCCUUGCUGUACCCUGACACUUGUAUUAUGCACAGUACUUUGAGAAGGUGGAGAGAUGGCAAUGCUGUAGAGAUCUUGGUGGCCCAUGAAGCCGCAGUGCAAACUGUUCUUAAGCUGCCCUCGGGAGAACUAUUUACGGGUUCAAGUGAUUCCACCAUCAAACUUUGGAAAGGAAGGAUUUGUCUACAUACAUUCUCUGGGCAUGCAGACACUGUUUGUUGUUUAGCACAGAUGCCAGGAAUGGGUAUACUCUCUGCAUCACAUGAUGGAACUAUAAAGUUAUGGGCAUUAACUGGCCAACCCCUGUUGGAGAUGAUUGGCCAUACCUCUCUUGUAUAUUCUGUGGAUGCUCAUUCAUCUGGUCUUAUUGCUAGUGGCAGUCGAGAUCGCUCGGUCAAGAUAUGGAAAGAUGGAAUCUGUGUUCAGAGCAUUGAACACCCAGGCCGUAUAUGGGAUGCUAAAUUUUUGGAUAAUGGCGAUGUUGUAACUGCAUGUUGUGAUGGAAUUGUGAGGAUAUGGACAACUGGCAAUAAUAGGCCCUGCCGUGAUGAGGAACUUGCAGCAUAUAGAAAGACUGUUGGUGGACUGAAGCUGAUGGAUCCAUCAGGAGCUGCGGGAAUGACACAACAAGGAAUCGUUGCACAAACGCUAAUUGUUAGAGAGGGACACACCGGUGUUGCUUAUUCAUGGAAUUCAAAAGAGCUAAAAUGGGACAAAGGCUAUCCUCCAACCACUGUGAGUAAAAAUCAGUACCCUACCUCUUGGAGGGCCGCGCAGCCCUGCGACAGCAUCCCAGAGGAUAUCAUCAUCUGGGAGAUAAUCCCCCGCCUGCCAGCGAAGGCCUUUGCCCGCUGCCGCGCCAUCUGCCGCUUGUGGCGCCAUGUCCUCACCUCCAACAGUGACCUCCUCCUCAAGCACCACUGCGCCCAGCCCUCCCACCCCAUUGCCUCUUGCAUGGAGCGCUCCGACCGCAUGCUCUACGAUCUCUGCGCCUUCGACCCGUGGGCCAGCGUGCUCUCACCCUUUUUUGCUCAGCUCUGGGACCCCUGCCUCAUGGUCAGGGCCUCCUGCGACGGCCUCCUCGUCCUCUCUAGGCCACGGUGCUUCUAUGUCUGCAACCCGACCACCAGGGAAUGGCUUUCCAAGUGCUUCCUUCCGCACUUCCUGGGGUUCUAUCCCCACCGCUCUUCCGGAGAGUGCAGGGUACUUUGCAGGAGCAGCCCGUCCCUGGACCCUCAUUCGGAUGACAAACCUUCCUACUACAUCUUCACGUUGGGUUCUUCGGAGCAGAGGUGCAUCGGCCGGCCAGCGGCGUCGGCGUCCGAAGAUGACGCACUGGCGGAGGGCAGUGUCAAUACAACAUCCUACCGCCCGUCGGUCCUGUUCCAGGAAGACCUGCACUUCUACCCUGUGAAGAAACAUGGCAGCAACAUGCUGAUGGUAUUCAAUACCACUGCCGAGUCAUUCCGUUGGAUGUCUGCUCCGGCUACCCCUGAGUCGGCCACUUUGUUUGAGAUGGAUGGCAAGCUCGUCCUCUACUACAUCGAUGAGGACAUCACCAUGAUUGAUAUUUGUGUGCUACAGGACUAUGAUAAUGAGGUCUGGGAGUUCAAGUACAAGAUCAAGCUUCCAGUGGCAGACCUUCGUCUGUCAGCUCGAUCACGUGGUUAUAUAUCGCCGGUCUUGUAUGAGAAGGGUGGUGUGCUCAUCUCAAUGCAUAGCCGUCUUGUUCAAGUUGACACUCUGGGAAGUGUGAGGUCAGAUAUUAUAUGGAGUGGCUCGAAUCUGUCGAUUACGCCGUAUAAGCUCAAACAAAGCCUGGUUCGUCACACAUUCUUUCCGAGUCAACCUGGUGGCGCUUCCUCAGGGGGACCUUUCAUCUGAUGACUGGUUGGUGAGAAGGUGCUUCUUAUUCUUAUUGACAUUAGUGUUACAAUGCCUUGGAGCUUUUCUGGCAUGACCUCAUUGUUGUUUACAAACAAUUCUGAUCUUCCUUGUAACAAUACCCUUGGAUCUUUUCUGGCAUGACCUCAUUAUUGACAUUAGUGCUAAAUAUUUA